CACCUGUGAACACAAUGACCUGGAGCAAGGGGUGUGGUUAUCCUUGUGAGAGCAUGCAGGGCGGGAGUAUUGCUUUGCUGUUCCUCCUCUCACUUCCUGAACACUGCCCAAAUAUGUGGAGUUACAAACGCAGGACAACCUGUAGUAUACUGGACCUUUGACAGACCGGACCAGGAAAUAAUAUCCGACAGCAACGAUUAUUGGCUCGAGCUGGUGUAAACAAACAUGUUCCUGUGGCAAUAUCUGACACUGCUCCUGCUGUUAACUGUUCAAAUACGCAAAGCCCAGGGAUGUGAUGAAUUUACAGAUCUAAAUCUCAGUCAUGCAAUAAUUGGAACCAGCCUCAAAACUAGGUUGUUGCUGUACACCAGGGAUAAUGUCUCCUGUGGUACACUCAUGUCCCACACCAACAUGUCCGCCAAUCCCCAGUUUAACUUAUCCAGACCAACAACCUUUGUCAUUCAUGGCUAUCGGCCCACGGGAUCUCCACCAAACUGGUUGCAAAAUAUCACAGAGCUGCUGCUGGCCAGGAAAGAUGUGAAUCUCAUACUAGUGGACUGGAACAACGGAGCUGCUAAUGUGAAUUAUUUUAAGGCACUGGAGAACACACACAGGGCAGCUGCCAACCUCACUGCUUUUAUUAUAAAGAUGCAGGAACAUGGUGCCUCUCUGAGCUCCAUCCACAUGAUCGGAGUUAGUCUCGGGGCUCACAUAUCAGGCUUUGUAGGGGCCAACCUGAAUGGGUUAAUUGGAAGAAUUACAGCUCUGGACCCUGCUGGGCCUCAGUUCACUGGCACUCCUCCAGAGGACCGACUGGACCCCUCAGACGCCCAGUUUGUGGAUGUUCUGCACACAGACAUAGAUGCCCUGGGCUUCAGAGAACCUUUAGGUCACAUUGAUUUCUAUGCUAACGGUGGAACUGACCAGCCUGGCUGCCCAAAGACCAUCCUUUCUGGAGGAGCCUAUUUUAAAUGCGACCAUCAGAGAUCAGUGUUGCUCUUCCUUGACUCUGUGAAUCGGACGUGUGUCAGCAAGGCCUUCCCCUGCUCCUCCUACAAAGAGUUUCUGGAUGGUAACUGCUUGAACUGUGACCGGUUUGGUGCAGCUGGAUGUCCUGUCUUUGGUUAUGACGUCAUAGCCUGGAGAGACGUCCUGCUGAAGCUUGGCCAAACAAAAGCGUACUUCACCACAAAUGCAGUCUCUCCAUUCUGCAUGACAAACUACAGGAUGAAUGUAAUGAUAUGGAACAAGGAUGUGCGCUGGGGAUACAUUACUGUUAAACUUCAUAGUAAGGGUGAAGAAGCAGUGGCAACCAUCAACCAUAAAGCUGUAGAGUUCAAGAAGUACACAGAGACGAAGUUGUUGGCCCAGUUUGAUAAAGACAUACAGUCAGUGGAAAAAGUGUCUCUCAAAUACUCCAUCGAGAAUGUAUUCAAGCCCAGAUAUAAGCUCCGUGUUCUACGAAUCCGUCUUACACAUCUGGAAGGCACAAAGAGGCCUCUCUGUCGAUAUGAUAUCCUUCUUGAAGUAAACAAAGAGGUCACCUUCAGGCCCCUUCCCUGUGAGGAAUCCAACUUCUGAGACUAAACCUGACCCCACGUCAAAAACAAGAAAAAUCCACUGCUCGUGCUGGAAAAGAUUCAGCUGACUCUUCAGUCCAGUUCCAGGAGUGAACAGGAAAACAAUGAGGACAAUAGCAUAUCAAAGAUAUAAGCCUGGCAGCGAUGAGAUCAUUUGUGAUUUGAAAAUCUAAUGUGAUAUAUUAUUAUGUAUGUGUGUGUUUAUAGGACCAGUGUGUAGGAUUUAUUGGCAUCUAGUGGUUUAACUGCAGAUAGCAAACAACUCGCCUCACCCUCCCCUUCUAAGGGUGUAGGAGUCUCAUUCUAAGGUAAAAAAAAACACAACUAUUCUUAUUUUUAGGUGAUUAUACACUAAUGAGAACAUAGCUAUGAAUAUUAUAUUCCAUUUCUACAAAUAGAUCCUCCUAAAUGUUACACACUGGACCUUUAAGAGAAAAUAUGUGUGUUUUUUUAUGAAAACUUUUGCCUGUAAAGGGAAUCUAAAUGCAUUUCACUGGUAGGGAGAUGCAUAUUAUUUCAUGCAUUUGAAUUAAUCUCAAAUGACUUAUGAGGACACGUUAACUCAGUAACAAACUUACUGCAACAACAAAACUGAGGUUGGUUUCAAAAGAAUAGUGGACAUUUUUUUCUGCUUGUCUACUCUGUUAGUCCAGAUUUAGUAAGACUGAGAAACACUAAUGAUUUAAAGAUAUUCCAGCACAAAAUUAGAAUUUAGAUAAUUGUUUAUAUAUAUGUUUCCAUAUAAAGUACUGCACUCUCUUGACACUUUCUCAAUUACACAUGGAUUCUUUUUAAAAUAUAUAUAUAUGUAUAUGACAUUACUAAUAACUAUAUUUAUUUUUGUAUAUGAAUUCAUCUUUAUUAUGAAUAAAAUUUCAAGUCAAUAA